AUGUUCUUCGCAAAGAUGCAGCACUCAGUGCUCGUGAUACUUUCGUUGCUGAGUGUGACGGCGCUAUGUUGGCCCUAUACCGAGUCGCUCGUUGACUAUAAUUUGAACGAAAAUAAAACCGCUACGGGGCCGAUUGAUUACUGGGGUGAAUGGCCGGAUCACGAUUAUCAUCCAUCGCCCGAUAACUGGCGCUUCCCAAUAUAUACGAUCUUCUUGGACCGCAUAGCCAACGGUGAUCCGACGAAUGAUGACAUUAACGGUACCUCCUUCGAGCAUGUGCUGGACUCGAAUCAGAUGCGCCAUGGAGGCGAUCUGGUCGGUCUGAUUGAUACGUUGGAUUAUAUCCAGGGAAUGGGCUUCAAGGCCAUCUACUUCGCUGGAACGUACUUGAUGAACCUGCCCUGGGCCUAUGAUGGUUACUCCCCGGUUGAUACCACUCUGCUGGACAUGCAUCACGGUACCCUUGCGGAUUGGAGACGGACUAUUGAUGAGAUCCACAAACGGGAUAUGUAUGUUAUCGUGGAUAACACGCUGGCAACACUGAGCAACCUCAUCGGUUUCAAAGGCCAUCUCAACGACUCAGCCGAUUUCAAAGCAAACGAAUACGAAGUCGAAUGGAUCACGGACAGACAGUAUGUCGACUUCAAGUUCUCAAACGAGUACAAUGAAACGUGCAACUACCCCAAGUUUUGGAACGAGGACGGCUACCCGUUGACUACCGGCGGUGUCCAGGACCUGAAGGGCUGCUAUAAUAGUGACUUCGAUCAGUACGGAGAACUGGAGGCUUUCGGCAACUUUCCUGACUGGCAGCGUCAACUUACCAAGUUCGCUUCGGUGCAGGAUCGUCUGCGGGAGUGGCACAAGCCUGUUCGCGAUAUCAUCACGAAACAUUCCUGCAUUCAGAUUGCUAGUCUGGAUGUCGAUGGGUUUCGUUUUGACAAGGCCGUACAAGCAACCCUCGAGCCCCUGGGUGAUAUGACUGCUGUCUACCGUGAAUGUGCAAAGAAAUACGGCAAGGACAACUUCUUCCUCCCUGGAGAAAUCACCUCUGGAAAUACCUUUGGUAGUCUGUAUCUCGGUCGCGGCCGUCAGCCAAAUCAGCUUCCUGCCUCCGCUGGCGCUGGUGUCAAGAUCACCAAUGAUUCAGACUCGUACUUCCUCAGAGAAGACGGGCACCAGGCGUUAGAUGCCGCCGCCUUCCACUAUACGAUCUAUCGUUCGAUGACCCGUUUCCUAGGAAUGGACGGUAACCUGGUCGCCGGUUUUGACUUGCCCACGGACUUCAUCGAAGCUUGGAACGGGAUGCUUGUGACAAAUGACUUCCUGAAUGCUUUCACAGGCGAGCUGGACCCGAGACAUAUGUACGGUGUCUCCAAUCAGGAUAACUUCCGCUGGCCGGCAAUCAAGAAUGGCACAGAGAAGUAUCUCCUUGGUCUUUUCAUCGUCACGUUGGAGCUCCCUGGAAUCCCACUUAUCUUGUGGGGUGAAGAACAGGCGAUGUACGUCUUCGAUGCCACUGCCACGAAUUAUCUGUUCGGCCGGCAGCCCCUGACAUAUCAAACCGCCUGGUGGACGCAUGGCUGCUUCAGUCUGAACACGACGAAAUUCUACGAUUUCCCUAAUGACAAGGGACUGAACGGUUGCAACGACAUCACGGUCACGUACGACCAGCGGAACCCGGCUCACCCGCUGCGCAAUAUCAUGAAGCGCAUGUUCGAGAUUCGGGAGCAGUAUCCGGUGGCCAAUGACGGUUUGUAUUUGGAGACGAUAUCCCAGCUUACAAAGAACGUUUAUCUGCCAGGUUCAUCGGGAACUCCCACAGUGACCGGUCUGUGGUCGGUAUUGCGAACCUACUUCCCAGGAGUCCAGAAGCAGGCUACCGGCGAUAGCAACAGCACCUUUUGGCUUGUCUACCAUAACGACAACAAAACAGUUACCUAUGGCGGCGACUGCGACAAGACGGAUACCGCGCUGUUGGCACCGUUCAAGUCAGGGACGAAGCUCAAGAGUGUGUUCUACCCUUACGACGAGAUCACUGUGGGUGCUGGUCCCAGCCAGAACAACACCAAUGACUACGGAUGCAUUUCUAGCAUGAAAUUGCUGCCAUGGGAAUACCGCGCCUACGUCGAAGCCGAAAACUUCGUUGAUCCCGGUCCUACUGUCACCGAGUUUCUGCCCGGUCACGAUGCCCGAUUGCUAUCUUCGACAGAUAAUGGUGAGACUAUCGACAUCCAGCUUGGAUAUUCACUUGAGAUGGACUGUGACGGUAUCACCAACGCAAUCUCUCUCAACUCCACGACAGAAAAGGGUAUCACAGCCUCUCUUGAUACGUCAAGCGUCAACUGCACCAAAGUCACUCCGAGGACGACCAGUAACAAUUACGUUGGAGAGAUACCCACCGUCUGGACAUGGUCCGCCAAGCUGAACAAUGUCCAUCACGGAAUCCACCAGCUGACGGUCAAGAACGUCUCGACGACGUCCGGCGUCCACACGAAUGCUGUUGAUCGGUUCUUGUUCCGUGUCGGAAGUCAGAAUAAUCCCCUGCUGUCUCCGUUUGCCAAUUACUCCACCAGUCUUGUACACAAAUCCGACGAUGGCAGUUUCUAUAUCGAGCAUGCUGCCGCUGGAGCUGAUCAGUUCCGAUACUCCACUAAUUUCGGUCUGACCUGGUCCGACUGGCAGGCAUAUAAGGGUGGCAACACGACCGUCGAGAUCACACCUUUCACCGGUACAAAAGCUCAGAAGUGGGAGGGAACUCACAUCCGCGUGCAGUACUUCUCGAAACUCACCGGCAGCAGUGAUUAUGUCCAGGAAGGUGAUUAUGGCUGGAAGGACGGCGUGCCACGACGAUUCCCGAAUAUGUUCUGGAACGGUCCGUACAACCAAUUCGGCUACGAUGCAGGACUGCCUAACAAGAUGAGAUUCGACACCGAGGAGCGUCGCUGGAAGUUUGAUUUCGUCUAUGAGUGGCCGGCUGUGGGACAAAUCAGUGUCUGGGGAUCUGAUAAGGAUGGCACGCCCGAUCAGACAGCAGUAUAUGGGGAUGUCGAUAACUCGUCGGUCGUGCAGAGGCUCCCCCCGUCCUAUCUAUCGUCCAACGUGAUCAACAUGACCCAGUUGCCUCCAUUCCCGCAUCUCGGCUGGACCAUCUCGCUUGACGACAGCAACUUGAGAUAUGAGCUGAUUCCAGUCGGGUCUGGAUGGGCCCAACUCGUGCUAUACGUUCUCCUCUGGGUCAUCCCGGUUCUCAUGGGUCUUGCCGGAGUGUUUAUCUUCAUUCGGACUUUCUACCGCGUUAAACUCAACCGGGAUGGCAACGUGGCUGCAGAAGACAAGCUGCCUCUCUUGUUUUGGCGCAAAGUUCGAGGAAAGCUCGGCAGAGAUGAUUCCAUGGACGGUGCAUUGUCUGAGAAAGCUCUGCCGCCAACGGAAAUUGCUAUCGCGGCGGCCCCUGAGCGUCGGCGUACGGUGUUGAUUGCCACGAUGGAAUACAACAUUGAAGAUUGGAAAGUCAAGGUCAAGAUCGGUGGUCUAGGUGUUAUGGCACAGCUCAUGUCCCAGAAUCUGGGCCACCAAAACCUCAUCUGGGUGGUUCCGUGUGUCGGCGACAUUGACUAUCCUCGGGACUCUCCAACUGAGCCAUUUGUGGUCACUAUCCUAGACAAAGCCUACUUGGUCAACGUUCAGUAUCAUGUCGUCGGCAACAUCACCUACGUCUUACUCGACGCUCCUGUUUUCCGCCAGCAGACCAAGGCAGAGCCCUACCCUCCUCGCAUGGAUGAUCUCGACAGCGCAAUCUACUAUUCAGCGUGGAACCAGUGUAUCGCAGAGACAAUCAAACGUUUCCCUUCAAUCGACCUCUACCACAUCAAUGAUUUCCACGGAUGUCUGGCGCCACUUUACCUGCUGCCGACGCGUACUAUUCCCGUCUGUCUAUCCUUGCACAACGCCGAGUUCCAGGGUCUGUGGCCACUGAGGAACCCUCAAGAGAAGAAGGAAGUAUGCGCGGUCUUCAACCUACCUAUCGAAACUGCAUCCAAAUACGCUCAAUUCGGAAACGUGUUCAACCUGCUCCACGCCGGUGCUAGCUAUCUCCGCUUCCACCAGCGCGGCUUCGGUGCAGUGGGUGUGUCCAAGAAGUACGGAAAGCGCUCAUGGGCUCGGUAUCCGAUUUUCUGGAGUCUCGAAAAAAUCGGCAGUCUUCCAAACCCCGAUCCUUCUGACACUGGCGCCCUGGAGGCGGACCCUGACGCUGAGGCUCCUAUCCAACCCUACGAAGAGCGCAUCAACGACAAGCUGCAGGCACAGAAAUGGGCUGGUCUGAACCAAGACCGCAACGCGGACCUAUUGGUGUUCGUCGGACGAUGGUCGAAGCAGAAGGGUGUAGAUUUGAUUGCAGACGUUAUACCUGCUGUUCUAGCCUCCAGGCCUCAGGUGCAGCUGAUCUGUGUUGGUCCCAUCAUCGAUCUGUACGGUAAGCUCGCUGCUAUCAAGCUCGAGCGCAUCAUGGCAAUGUAUCCCGGUCGAGUGUUCUCAAAGCCCGAGUUCACUGUUCUUCCCCCAUACGUGUUUUCCGGUGCCGACUUCGCCCUGAUCCCGUCUAGAGACGAGCCCUUCGGUCUGAUUGCCGUCGAGUUCGGCCGUAAGGGUGCUCUGGGAAUUGGUUCUCGCAUUGGAGGUCUCGGGCAGAUGCCCGGCUGGUGGUACACGGUUGAAUCUGACGCAACCCGUCAUCUCCUGCACCAGCUGAGAACUGCUAUCAAAUCGGCUUUGGACUCGUCACAGGAAACUCGGGAGUCGAUGCGUGCAAAGUCCGCCAAGCAGCGUUUUCCUGUGCUUGAAUGGAUCCAGAAACUUGAAACGCUCCAACGCACUGCGAUCCAGAUCCACCACGCGAAGAACAAGAGCACAGUGGCGGGCCCGAUGCCAGAGUCUCAGAGCUACUGGGAGACGCAGAGCACGCGUUCAUCCGCGCCAGAACUUCCUCGAUCAACUCAGUCGAUGACGGAGAGUCUGGAGACGCCGCCAGGGGAAAUGAUCCAGCAUGCCCAGGAGAGACUUGAAGAGAUCCAGGCGGCUGGAGGAGAAGGCAAGAAGAACGGUCUGGGACGCAAACUCUCGCUCGGUCGACGAGCUGGACCUGGCCAGGGCAGAAAGCGUCUGAGCAAGAAACCACCACGCGAGAGCCAGAUCUAUGACGACGAUGAAACCACCGAUGCUGACGAUGACGGCACUGCUACUCCGCGAGUGAACUAUAUCUCUCCCGAAGAGGCCAUGGACGCUAUCAACCACACUCUUGGCUCUCAGGAUAUCGGCACACCUCGCUGGAAUAACAGCACCAACUCGUUGUCGCUAGCUGGUCCCCGGGCGUCUUACUUCACUGUGCCCGGCUCUCCGUACUAUAUCUCGCGGUCUUCGUCUCCGGCUCCCAGAACACCUUCCGAACUACCAUACCAAUACCAUGCUUUCUCCGGUGACAACACUCCCCUGUCUCAGUCUCGCAAUGUCUCCGUGCUGUCCUUGCCCUCGGUCGUCGCCGAUCACAAGCAGCCCGUCUUCGAGCUGCAAAAGGUCGACCCAACCUUCACGGACAGCAUGGGCCACUUCACACGACGCUUCGAGGAGAUGCUCAGCAAUCUGAACAAGAAAAACUCCACGACUGACUGCUGUAUCGAGACAUAUCUGAUGAAGAGCGAGCGCAAGUUCUUCAACAUGUACACUGACGCCCAGCUCAAGAAGCAAUCCAAGAACCAUCCAGUGUCCGAUAUCACUGCGGACAGCUUUGUCGAGGAUACGCAAUACAACCGCGUCUCGCACACCACCGGAAGUUCAGAGUCGCACGAGGAAGCGGAUGAAAUGGAUCAAUGGCUCUCUCGUCUGGGAUACAAGCGGCCGAUGGUGAUUCAAAGAUUCAUGCGACGCCGGAUCGGAAACUGGCCUAUCUACGCUCUAUUCCUCGGUCUGGGACAGAUCAUCGCGACCAACUCGGCCCAAAUCACCCUGCUUGUCGGCCAGGUAGGUGAGACGGCAACGAAGCUGUACAUCAUCGCGGCGAUCUACUGCGUUACCUCGAUCAUCUGGUGGUUCAUGUUCUACCGCUUCCCAUCAGUGAUCGUCCUCACGCUCCCGUGGUUCAUAUACGGAUUUGCCUUCGUCAUCAUUGGCGUCUCUCCAUUCGGUCUCUCCAGCCUCGGAAGAGGAUGGGCUCAGAACGUCGCAGCUGGCGUCUACUCCGCAGCGUCUUCUUCCGGGUCGUUAUUCUUCGCCCUCAACUUCGGUGACCAGGGCGCCGUCCCCGUGAAAGACUGGAUGUUCCGCGCAAGUCUCAUCCAGGGUAUCCAGCAGAUCUACACGGUCGUGCUCUGGUACUGGAGUUCCAAGGUCACAGCCGCGGAAAUCGGAGGCGUCUCCAGCGCGGCUCUGAGAUCAUGGAUCCUAACGGCCGUGACGAUGCCCAUUGCCGGAUUAUGCUUCCUCAUCGGCAUCCUCCUCGCACUGGGCCUGCCCAAAUACUACCGUCAAUCGCCCGGCCGGAUCCUCUUCUUCUACACCUCUCUCUUCCGUCGGCGCAUCGUCCUCUGGUUCUUCUUCAUGGUCAUCAUCCAGAACUGGUUCCUCGCCGCUGAAUUCGGUCGUAACUGGUCCUUCCUCUGGUCCUCCCAACACGCCAAUGCAUGGGAGGUCGCCAUCCUGGUCGUCUUCUUCUUCAUCGUCCUCUGGGUCAUCAUCCUCUUCAUCUUCCGCUACCUAUCCAAGGAACACAGCUGGAUCCUGCCCGUUUUCGGUCUCAGUAUCGGCGCACCACGCUGGGCUCAAACAUGGUGGGGAACGUCCAAUAUAGGCUACUACCUCCCCUGGGCAGGAAGUCUUAUAUCCGGCUCUCUUGUCUCGCGCUGUCUCUGGCUGUGGUUGGGCGUCCUCGACGAGAUCCAACAGGUCGGUCUGGGCAUGAUUCUUCUGCAGACCCUGACGAGAGUACAUGUUUGUUUCGUCCUAUUAGCCGCGCAGGCGUUGGGGUCGAUCGCUACGAUCUGCGCGCGUGGGUUCGCACCGAAUAAAAUUGGGCCAGGAGAUAUCUCUCCGAAUGUGGGCACGUCACCGACUGCGGUUGGGAAUGCUUGGUUCUGGAUCGCUCUUUUCUUUCAGCUUUUGGCGAGCUUCGGCUUCCUCCUCUUCUACCGUCGGGAACAGCUGAAUAAACCCUAA